GGGCGUGCGCCUUGCGCAAUGACGUAACGACAGGCAGGGUUCUUAUAAAGGCGCGACGCGAACCACAGAGUCCUUUCUCUGUUUCCGGGCACUGCGUGUAGGCGCAGACAGGCAAGCGGAGCCAACAUGCCGGUGGCCCGGAGCUGGGUAUGUCGCAAAACGUAUGUGACCCCGCGGAGGCCCUUUGAGAAAUCCCGCCUCGACCAAGAACUGAAGCUGAUCGGCGAGUAUGGUCUCCGGAACAAACGUGAGGUCUGGAGGGUCAAAUUUACUCUGGCCAAAAUUCGCAAGGCUGCCCGGGAGCUGCUGACGCUGGACGAAAAAGACCCCCGACGUCUGUUUGAAGGCAAUGCCCUGCUGCGACGACUUGUCCGCAUUGGGGUGCUGGACGAGGGCAAGAUGAAGCUGGAUUACAUAUUGGGCCUGAAGAUUGAGGAUUUCUUGGAGAGGCGCCUGCAGACCCAGGUCUUUAAGCUGGGCCUGGCCAAGUCCAUCCACCACGCACGUGUGCUCAUUCGCCAGCGCCACAUCAGGGUCCGCAAGCAGGUGGUGAACAUCCCGUCCUUCAUUGUCCGCCUCGACUCCCAGAAGCACAUUGACUUCUCCCUGCGGUCUCCAUAUGGGGGUGGCCGCCCAGGCCGCGUGAAGAGGAAGAAUGCCAAGAAGGGCCAGGGCGGGGCCGGGGCUGGUGAUGAUGAGGAGGAGGAUUAGGCCCUCCCCCUGGGCUGGAGGAUUGUUUUCCAGGCAGGUAAUAAAGCAGGAUUAACACUUUGGA